UCAGACACACACACACACACACACACACACACGAUGGAGUCAAGCAGCGGGCGCUUCUCUCUCCUCGCGCCGCAUCCGGCGCUCUUCCUCCGGCCGGAUGACAGGAGUUACCCGCGCAGCCCGAAAUGCGCGCGCUGCAGGAACCACGGGGUGGUGUCCGCUUUAAAGGGUCACAAACGCUUUUGCCGUUGGCGCGACUGCGCGUGCGUCAAAUGCGCGUUGAUCGCGGAGAGGCAGCGCGUCAUGGCCGCGCAGGUGGCGCUGCGGAGACAGCAGGCGCAGGAGGAGCUGCAGAUGAUUUACCCCGCGGCAGGAGCGACCGAGGGCGGCGUGAGCGUCUCCAGAACACCGCUGAGCUCGUUUGACGCCUUCAGUCCGGACGCGUUCAAAGAAGAGAAAAGCCUAAACAAGUGCAGCAUGUUCAGUGGAUUCGUGAGUCAGGCUUUGUUCACAUCAGAAAAGAGUGACCCGUCAAACGGCAGCACGUCUCCUGGACCGGAUCGUCUCUCUGAACGCACGAGUCCACAGUCUCUGACCUCCUCGGAUCUGGAGUCCGGCAGCGAGUCGGAGAAACUGUCGGAAGCACCCGGGCGAAACCCCACUGCUGUUCUGACAAAGAUCUUCCCUCAUGUGAAGCGGGACGCUCUGGAUUUGGCUCUGAAGGCCAGUUCGGGAGACGUGGUGAAGGCCAUCGAGCUGGUGCUCAGUUCCCGGGAGGGUCAGAGUUCAAAUGGAGACGUUGUGCCUCAGUCGGAGAACCUGCUCGUCUCACGAUCAGCUGCCAUCCGCCUUUCAGACGCGCCACUGAGACACUUCAGCUCCAGAUCGGCUUUCUCUCCCCUCCACGCUUCAGCCACAAACUCUUUCAGUGCUGACAGUUUGUUGGGGUUAAACCCUCGGUUUGCCAUCGGUCCGCUGCGACUCGCCUACUCAACACCCAACUUUGUUCCACCAUAUCUGACGUCCGGAUUCGUCCCAGCGAUGUCCCUGCGGCCGCCAGCGGACCAUCCGCUUCUGCGGGACCUUCCCUACCCCAAAGAGCCCUUCAACCCCACAGUGUUUUACUCCAGCCUCGGCCACGACAAAUAACCAAAAACACAAUCUCUGCUUUCAUUAAACUACAGUGUACAGAAGUGUCAUGAAUGGAGAUAUUGCAUUUAGUUAAAAAAAAAAAAAAAAAAAACACUAGCAGCACAUGAGUGUCAUUCCACUUGGUGCCUCUACUUAGUUUAUUCAUUUGUUUUAUAUGUUGUAUAUGUUUAUGCAUAUUUGAAUGUCAAAUUUUGUUAAUAAAUCCUAAAUACAACUUUA